AUGCGUUCGACGCUAACUCGUGAACUAGUUUGGAUCUUGGCCAACGAUUGGGACUUCGCCAAGUCAGAAACAGUACCUCUGUUUGCAAGGUUCAUGUUUCUCGAAUUUCCAACGCUAGUACAUCCUUUAAUGAAUGAUAAUAUACUGAGGGAAAUGGAGGAUGCUUCUAAGAUUGCAGUUUUGGAAAUUAUCACCAAGCCUGGGACGAUGAGGCUGGCCGAGGCUAAGUCCCCUCGUUUCAUAUACACUCAUCUAGCUCUAUCUCUGCUACCAGCUCAACUACUUGAUACUGCGAUGAUAGUAUUUAUGUAG